AUGACUGGUAACAGUCACAUCAAUGGCAGACAUGUCUUGGAAUUUUUCCCACAAUGCACCAUCUCCUCUCAAUCAUGGAUUUCCGGAACAACAAAAAUGAUCCGACCAAAAAUGACGCAAAGCUUCCACUACACUCGACCGACCAAGAGCUUCCACUACACUCGGCUAACCAAGAGCUUCCACUACACUCGACCGACCAAGAGCUUCCACUACACUCGACCGACCAAGAGCUUCCACUACACUCGACCGACCAAGAGCUUCCGCCACACUCGACCGACCAAGAGCUUCCACAACACUCGACCGACCAAGAGCUUCCACUACACUCGACCGACCAAGAGCGUCCACUACACUCGACCGACCAAGAGCUUCCGCUACACUCGACCGACCAAGAGCGUCCACUACACUCGACCGACCAAGAGCUUCCACAACACUCGGCCAACCAAGAGCUUCCACAACACUCGACCGACCAAGAGCUUCCGCCACACUCGACCGACCAAGAGCUUCCACUACACUCGACCGACCAAGAGCUUCCGCUACACUCGACCGACCAAGAGCGUCCACUACACUCGACCGACCAAGAGCGUCCACUACACUCGACCGACCAAGAGCUUCCGCCACACUCGACCGACCAAGAGCUUCCGCCACACUCGACCGACCAAGAGCUUCCACAACACUCGGCCAACCAAGAGCUUCCACUACACUCGACCGACCAAGAGCUUCCACAACACUCGACCGACCAAAAAGCGGAAACUUCAGCUACACUCGGCCGAUCAAGAACACCCAUUGCUACAUUCGCCACACUAA